UCUGCUUUCUCGAGAAGCCAAUUCUAGGGUUUCACUGAGGUAUCUCUUCGGUUCAACAGCGAUGCCGAUCUACAAGAUAAGGGGGAUCGAUGUUGAAUUCCCCUUCGAGGCCUACGAUUGCCAGAUCGUUUACAUGGAGAAGGUCAUCCAAUCUUUGCAAGAGAAUUGCAAUGCUUUAUUGGAGAGUCCUACCGGAACGGGGAAAACCCUGUGCUUAUUGUGCGCCUCAUUGGCUUGGAGGAGAAGUUUGGGUGAGUUCUCAACUACAGUGAGUGAAGAGAAGGGUUGUUCUUCAGAGAGCCAGCGUUCUGGAAGCCAAUCGAUGGAAAGGCCAAGAUCACACCUUCCUGUCAUUGUUUAUACAUCUCGCACUCACAGCCAGCUGAAGCAAGUCAUCCGGGAGCUGAAAGCAAGCAAUUACAGGCCCAAAAUGGCAGUUUUAGGUUCUCGGGAGCAAAUGUGCAUUCAUGAUGAAGUGCAUUUGUUAAGAGGCAGGGCACAAAAUAAUGCGUGCCAUUACCUGUGCAAGAAACGUAGAUGCCAACAUCAUAAUCGUGUCUCUGACUACAUGAAGAACCAUCCGGAGCUUGGAAAUGAGCCUUUUGACAUUGAAGAUUUGGUCAAUAUUGGAAGGACAAAGAGAGUAUGCCCGUAUUAUGUAUCACGAGACCUUCACAAGAUGGUUGAUAUUUUGUUUGCGCCAUACAAUUAUCUUAUUGAUCCUGGAAACCGGAGGUCUCUUACAGGCAUUGACUGGCGUAACACUGUGCUAAUAUUUGAUGAAGCACACAACCUGGAGAGUAUCUGUGCGGAUGCUGCAUCGUUCGAAUUGCCCACUGGUUAUCUGACAGCUUGCAUUUCUGAAGCAAAACAAUGUGUUGACCUUUGUAUUAGAAAAAGGGAAAUUUACCAAUCAGCUGAUAAAGAAUCUGAUCCAGAUAAUUAUGCUAUUCUUAAAGCCCUUCUGCUGAAGCUUGAGAAGAGGAUCUAUGAAGUUCCUAUUACAUCUAAAGAGUUGGGUUUUACACGUCCUGGGCAUUAUAUAUAUGAGUUCCUAGAAGAGCUGAACAUCACAUAUGAAACAGCUAGUAUGCUUAUUCUUACAAUUGAUGAUGCUACUACACUUCUUGAGGAAGGAAAUACUGGAGAAAAUGUAACAGCAAAAGAAACAAAGGGCACAGUGUGCAGAUUAGAGAGCAUUAGAGAUAUUCUUAAUAUUAUCUUUAGAGAUGGUGGAAAAAGUCAUGCAAAGUACUAUCGAUUUCAUGUACAGGAAAGCCUGCCAAGUAUCAGUGAUUCCUCAAAAGGUAAAAUGUCUAGAACACUUAAUUGGUGGUGUUUUAACCCUGGUCUUGCUAUGGAAGAGUUUGUAAGAAUGGGUGUGCGUUCUAUCAUAUUGACAUCUGGCACUUUAUCUCCCUUGGACACAUUUGCACUGGAACUAAACCUAGAAUUUCCAGUCAGGUUGGAGAACCCUCAUGUCAUAUCUCCCAGUCAAAUAUGGGUAGGAGUUGUGCCUAGCGGACCUUCUAGCUAUACAUUUAAUUCGUCUUACAGGAAUCGUGACUCUCUGGAUUACAAACAAGAACUUGGGAAUGCUAUUGUUAAUUUUGCUCGAAUUGUACCUGAUGGAUUACUUGUUUUCUUCCCGUCAUACUAUCUUAUGGAUCAGUGCCUUGAUUGCUGGAAAAAUAUGAAUCAUGCCAGCUCAACAGAUUUCAAAACAAUCUGGGAAAGGAUUUGCAAGAAUAAAAAACCUGUCAUAGAGCCUAAGCAAUCAGCACUUUUUCAACAUGCUAUUGAGGAUUUUGAAGCAAAGCUGCGUGAUCGUUCCAAUUCUGGGGCAAUCUUUUUUGCUGUUUGUCGUGGCAAGGUAAGUGAAGGUUUGGAUUUUGCUGACCAUGCUGGGAGAGCGGUGGUCAUUACUGGCAUGCCAUUUUCUAUGAAGACUGAUCCCAAGAUUCGUCUCAAACGUGAUUACUUGGAUCAGCAUGCCCUAUCCCAGAAAGGACAUUCUAAGGUGCUGACUGGUGAGGAGUGGUAUGUCCAGCAAGCUACAAGGGCUGUGAAUCAGGCUGUCGGGCGGGUUAUUAGACACCGUCAUGAUUAUGGUGCAAUAAUUUUCUGUGAUGAGAGGUUCACACGACAAAGUCAUCAAUGCCAAAUGUCAUAUUGGCUACGACCCUAUGUUCAAUGCUACAACAAGUUUGGUGAUGUAGCUUUUGGGUUGACUAAAUUCUUUCGAGAUAAAGUCUCUUCCAGUCUUGUGAAACCAAAAACAACUGAUAGAAUAAGCGCUUUCAAUGCAGUGGAAAUAACUGAGUCUUCAGAUGAUGAUCUAAUAUGUGUAUCGGAUCAACCAAAGUUGCAAACCGAAGUUCAAGAUAAGGUUACACUACCUCUUGACAAACUGCUCUUACCAAAACUCCCCCAUUCUUUGACAUCAACAGUUGAUCAUUCCUCAAGAAAGCCGUUGUCAUCUGUACUUGCUCUGAGUAGGGGCAGCACUCAUUGUCAGACAGAUAAGUUUGUUCCCGCUAAUCGCUCACAUCUUUCUUGUAAGAAAGAUUUGAUGUCAGGCCAAACAAAAGAACAGGCUUUCAAUGAGAACCGACCAGAAGUUGGCCAUGUGAAAUACCUUUGUAAGCAGGAUAGUGAGAUGGUUGCUUUGAGCAAUGAUUUACCAUGUCAGCUUCGUAGUGGUGACGCUGCACCUGUUUCUUUUAAAAAGGCUAAGCUAUCUGAAACUGGGGUUGAUGCAACCAGAUAUGAAGAUGAUGCAUCUUUGAAGAGCUUAUACAAAACUAACCUAAGCAGUCUGCCUCAGAAUUCUUGCGUAGGCAGCGCAAGUAUCCACAGUAAACCAAUCUUAAAACUUCCAUCAUGUCGACCUGCAGAAGUCGGAACUUAUGACAAGGAACGAAAAACACUACAUGCUCAAGCUGGUUCUUCAGGGAUAUCCAAUGUUGAAAUAGUUGGGAAGCAUUCUUCAGACAAGAGCAAUAAGGAGUCAUGUACUUCAGCACCUUGUGGCCGCGAGGACGCCAGAGGUGCUGCUUUCCUAGUGCAGGUUCAACAAAAACUUUCUGUUGAGGAAUACACGGAGUUUGUAGAUUUAAUGAAGGCAUUGAAAUCCAAGACCAUGAAGGUUAUGCCGGUAUUGGAGUCGAUUGCUAGAUUGUUCUCUGCCCCUGGGAGGUUUUUUCUUCUUGAAAGGUUCAAGGACUUCGUCCCACCUAAAUAUCGUCCUUUAUAUGAACAACAUAUCAGAUCCAAUUGUGCAGCAGAUGCCAAAUGAAAUCAAUGAGGUUGUCGGUGAUAUAACCUACUAUAUCAUCCUGUUCAUUAUAUUCAGCACAGCAAAGCAUAAAGGAGUUGAAGAUAGAGCCAUUUUCUUAUUUUCCUUGUUUGGUGUACAUUGUAUUUUUUAUUCUUAUCAUUCGAAUAAGCUUGUUCUUGUGCAGAUGAUCCUGUGACCCAACUGCAGGAGUCCCAUUCUGUGUCAAUUUCAUUUUUUGCCCAAAAUUCAAGGCAUGGUCAUGGGCAAGUUUAAUAUCAAGGAAUGAUAUCUCAAGAGUUCAUACA